GGCGGCGCCAUCCUCGAGGUGGCAGAGCGUGCGGGCAAGAUUGAGCUCGUGCGCUGGACCCAGGACAAGCCCGUCGACCGCCAGUGGCUCCUCGACGAGCUACGCAAGGGCGGCACCGAGGGCCUCGUCUGCAUGCACAACGGCGAGAAGAUUGACGACGAGCUCCUCGACGCCGCUGGACCGUCCCUCAAGGUCGUGUCGACCAUGAGCGCCGGCUUCGACCACGUCCAGACCGCCGCCCUCAAGAAGCGAGGGGUCCGCCUCGGGUCGACUCCCGAUGCGCUCACCGCAGCGACAGCCGACGUCGGCGCCAUGCUCGUCUUGAUGGCGUCCCGGCGCGCAGGAGAGGGUGUUCGAGCUGUCGUCGACGGCAAGUGGCCGAGCAUGCCGUGGAACCCGUUGCUGCUCUGCGGGCAGAGCUUGAAAGGGUCGACCGUCGGCGUCCUCGGCUUUGGCAAGAUCGGCCAGCUCACGCUCAAGCGCCUGCUCGGGUUCGACAUCUCGCGCGUCCUGUACUCGACGUCCAAGCCCGGCGUCGCCCUCACGUCCGAAAAGGACCACUUCGACACGAUCAAGACGGCCGAGUUCCACGGCGUCGAGAUCCGGCCCGCCGAGUCGUACGACGAGCUCGCGCGGGAGAGCGACUUCCUCGUCCUGUGCUGCCCGCUCACGUCGGCGACCCAGGGCAUCGUCGGCGCCGACUUCCUCGCCAAGAUGAAGCCGACUGCGUACGUCAUCAACACGGCACGAGGCCCCGUCGUCGACAGCGAUGCGCUUCUCGCCGCCCUGCAAGAAGGCCGCAUCGCCGGCGCCGGACUCGACGUCGUCACGGGCGAGCCCAACAUUGGCGCCGACCACCCGCUCGUCAAGGAGCACAAGUGCGUCGUCUUGCCGCACAUUGGCAGCGCGACGGUGCAAGCGCGGAGCGGCAUGAGCAGGGACGCCGCGAGGAACUGCCUCGCCGGCGUCGGCGUCGAGGGUUUCGAGUGGGCGAACGAGGUCGAGUUGUAGAGUCCGCCGACGUGUCAUAGAAUUAUUUCAGUGCC